GUGAUAACCGUACCCCGUACAUUUCCAGUGGUUUCCAGUUAAAAUUAUCAUUAGUUUGUGAUCGUUUAUUUAGUAUUUUAUAUACCGUUCGAUCUAGAAAUUCUGUAUUUCUAGAUGGUGUAGGCCAUUUCCUUGCUUGUGACGUGACUUUUGAGCAAUAAUCAUGAGAACAAGGUGGGGAACACCGAGUGCUCCGGCAUGUUGUUUAUGUUUGGACGUGAGAACGGGAUCUAUACUCAUCGGAUUAUGGCACUUGAUGGGUCAAAUGUUCGCCAUGCUCCUGAUCGCAUCCAUGAUCAUGAGGGGAGGCGACAACGCAAUGAACAUCGACUUGGAUGAACAGGACCCACCACAAACGCCACUCAGUCUUAACAGUCAGCAUGAUGCAUCCGACUACUGUGUUGGCCUGGUCAUUGUCUUCUGUUUCCUCCUCAUCACCACCAUGAUGAUGAAGGGCAUCAUCCAGUACCGGUCCGGUUACAUCCUCCCAUUCUUCUGCCUCCAGCUCUUUGAUUUCUUCAUCACGUUCCUCACCUGCAUCGGAGUCAUGUCCUACUACCCAGACUUUGACUACGAGGAUAGCCCCAAGUUCCCCUACAACCAGGAAUUCAUGCACUGGAAGGAGAACCUACCCGUCAGCAAGUAUGACAUUGAAUCACCCGUCUUUACAUUCAUCGCUCUGGCACUAUUCCUGGGGAUUAUGUUAUUUAAGUUCUACUGCAUUGCAUGUAUCUGGGCCUGCUACAAACACACUGCAAGUAUGGAGCUGAAGGAAAUUGGUCAGUGUCCUGACACAGAGGCACUCCUUCCAUCUUAUGACGAAGCAAUCAAAAUAAAGAUAGACAAGCCUCCACCACCACCAGCCUACCAGGAAUAGGCAACAUCAACAACACCUACCACUAGAGCAACCACACCUACCAUUAGAGCAACCACACCUACCACUAGAGCAACAACACCUACCACUGGCAACAAUCAAGCUCUUGAUGUAGUAAAAAAAAAUAUGAAAAAAGUAAAAAAAAAGAAAGAAUCCAAGGAAAUCUUUCAUAUUUGGCGAAAAAUAGGAUACUAAUGUCUAAAAAAUUAUAAUCAAAUUAAUCAUGUCUGAUAAGAAUAAAGAAAAAUUGGGGGAAAAUAAUGAUUAUCUUUCAUCCCAUGUUAAAGCAGGUUUUCAUGCAUGAAAUCAAUGUAAUAAUAAAACAAAUGCAAAAACACACCAA